AUUUUUUUUCCAACAAUACCUUCACUACAUCGUCAGUGCAGAGGGAUCUUGAAAGAGCCGGAAUCAAUACGUUCCUGUUUUGGAGACAGGUAAUCUUGGAUUGAGGCAUUCGCUUCGCUUCCGGGAUUUCCUCACAGAGAAGAAAGUGAUGGCUACGUGAGUAAACACUUUUCGGUCGACUUCGGUGUCCGCGAGUUCUUUGAGAUAUACAUUCUUGGAGGGAAUGUAUGUGUGAAUUGCUGCACCGUUUACUUGACUGCUGCUGAUUGUUGUGUUCGUUGUUGGUGUAAGACCUCGGAAGGUGUGAGAAGAAAGAGCAAAAAUUGCCAAUCGAUAACUGGAGAAUAAAAGUUUUCAAUCUGGUGUUCCCCUUCUCGGCCUGAAGAAAUUUGAAUGCUACAAUGAACUACAAGUUUCGAAGUUGAGUGCUGGUGGAUGUGAUUAGUUCAGCGCGGCUUCGAGUGGAUUGACACGACGAUGGCCACCACUGGAAUGGGGAUUGGAUCACGCAACGGGGUUAAAGAGAUGAAUGCCAGCGGUCCGCGCGUUGUGACCAUCCACAAAACGGAAACCGGAUUCGGUUUCAACGUUCGGGGACAGGUCAGUGAAGGUGGCCAGCUGCGAUCGAUCAACGGAGAGUUGUAUGCCCCGUUGCAACAUGUCAGCGCCGUGCUGGACAACGGAGCUGCUGAGCUGGCCGGUAUCAAGAAGGGCGAUCGAAUCCUAGAAGUGAAUCACGUCAAUGUGGAAGGUGCUACACACAAGCAAGUGGUAGAUUUAAUCAAAUCCGGAGGAGAUACACUAACUCUAACGGUAAUAUCGGUAACGCAGCAGGAAGCCGAACGUCUCGAGCCAACGGAAGACCCGGGCGGAUACUCGUAUAUCGAUUAUUCGGAGAAACGCAGCCUACCAAUCAGUAUCCCCGACUACAACAUCAUUCACCGCGGCAAUGAGCGCUACGUCGUGUUCAAUAUUCACAUGGCCGGCCGGCAGCUGUGUUCCCGGCGCUACCGCGAGUUCGCUAAUCUCCACCAGCUGCUGAAGAAGGAAUUCACAGGGUUCAACUUUCCCAAGCUGCCUGGCAAGUGGCCAUUCCAGUUGAGUGAGCAGCAGCUGGACGCACGACGGCGAGGUCUCGAGCAGUACCUGGAAAAAGUAUGCGCGGUGCGCGUGAUUGCGGAGAGCGAUGCGGUGCAGGAGUUUCUCACCGAUUCGGAGGAUGACAUCGCGGCCUCACCGGUGGACAUCAAAAUUAUGCUACCGGAUCACAGUGUUGUGACAGUGUCGGUGCGCAAAUCGGCCAACGCCCAGCUGGUAUGGGAGCAGUUAGUACAACGAGCGAGUCUAACCUCGUACACACAGCAAUAUUUUUACCUGUUCGAAAUAGUUGAGUAUAACUUCGAGCGGAAGCUGCAACCGCAUGAAAUACCGCAUCAAUUGUACGUGCAAAACUACAGCACGGCGUCCAGCACCUGCCUGUGCGUGCGCCGAUGGCUAUUCUCAGUCGAACGGGAGAUGACACUGCCGACGGGGGAGCAAGCUGCCAAGUAUAUUUUCUUUCAGGCGGUCGAUGAGGUUAACCGGGGAAACAUCCGAGCGGAUGGACGACUGUACGAAUUGAAGGCUCUACAGGACUCGAAGAAGGCGGACGAGUACCUCUCGUUGGCCCGAACGCUGCCAGGAUAUGGCGACAUUGUAUUCCCCCAUUGCGCCUGCGAUAGCCGCAAGGAAGGACACGUCGUACCGGCAGUCGGUAUGAAAAGCUUCCGGUUGCACGCUUGUCGUGAGGAUGGGGCUCUUGAGGCGCAGACGGUCGAACUGCAGUGGGCCACUAUUUCACGCUGGGAGAGCGAUGAGGAAUCGAUGGCAUUCUGCUUCCAGUACAGUAGAUCUGACAAACCACCGCGAUGGGUGAAGGUGUUUACGCCAUAUCACGCUUUCUUAGCCGAUUGCUUCGAUAGAAUAAUGGAGGAACGCUCCUGGGACGACACAGGAGAGUAAUCAGAUUGCAGAGGGGAUAAGUUAGUGUAAACUAGACAAAUUCAUUCUUUCGAUAUAAUUUACUCGUGGAAAAGAAGGAAGAAAGUCUAAUUGAUGGUUGGAGAGACUAUGCAGAUUAACGUCCCAAUAAAGUUUUUGGAUUGCCGCAAGCCUAUCAAUAUGUUUCACAACAGCAUUUUCGGUUAUUUAUAAGGUUGAGUAGCUCGGAAUAUUUCAUUUAUGAGUUAACAUUUUUCACACUCUACAGAACUAAAUGCUUCAAACCUUCCGAAACAUUUCAAAACCACUUCGUUGAAAUGUUUAUUUUUCUAUAAUUAACCGUAAUACCGUAAUUAACGUAAUAUCAUGAGGCGAUUUAGUCGACUAAUAUUAAAAAUCUACAACUUCUCUGAUUAAAAUUUCUGUUUUCUCCUUUUAUAACCGAUAUUUCUUCCGAGUGUGGGCCGUCUCACAAAGCGGUUUUGUUUCUCCACUAAUGACAACAUAUUUUGAAAUGUUUGCGUCCCGUCUAGAAAAAUGAAUGUGAUUCUAUCAAUCAAAAAGUAUAUAACAUCAGUUUUAUUACGAUUCAUGUGAUUAUUAGUUGAUAUAAGAUCAAUAAUUUAUGUUAACACAGUUCACAAAAGCGAUAUCCGUUCACUAUUGGUGGUACUUACUCAUUCAGUCCCCAAAACCAUCCAUCGAUUGUGAAGAAAGUGCUGGAAAGUAUUAAGAGUGAGCAUGAUGUGAUAGUUAAGAAUUCUUAGCAGUAACAGGGUGUCAUCUCACGUCAGUCAAACCGUUUUAGUCGUGUCAUAGUUUAGAAAAAAAUCAAACACUUUCUCUCGACAAGUGUAAAAUGAAAAAAAAAUAAUAUCACUCACAUUUCGUAGGUAGAACUCUCGCACUCGAAUGCAUUUAGUUGAUGUUUAGACGAAAAGUAAUUGCAGAAUGAUCGUGAUUUUCUGCUAAGAAUUCUAGCUCGAACAGGAAAUAAUUGUUAUUUUAUUCUAAAUAUUACUGAUACAUUCCUUUUGCGGAAAUUAUAGAGCAGAGAUCGUAGAGCUUUUAUCAUUUCUCGUUUCGAUGAACUUGUCAAUUUCCUCCCUGAAGUCACGAGAUCAUGAAGUUGGAGCAUAUAUUGGUACAGUUAUAUUCUCAUUACAAUUUAUAAUAAUUUGCAUGAGCAAGUAGCAUAGUGUAUGUGGACUCAUUAUACAAGAAAGAUAGUUUUUGGCGUAGAAAAGUGUCUAAUGUAGCAACUAAUUUUCAACUUGCGAGAAUAAUCGCUUCCUCCAAAUUACAAUUCACUCUAAUUUGUCCGAUUUGAGUUUGCGAGGUCAAAGCUUGUUUUGGCGGAACUAGUCGACACAAAACUACCAACAACAAAAUCCUUUAAGAGCCUCUACGUUAUUGACAAUGCAGACAGAGACGCUUACGCUUUAUGAGUGAAGAGUGAUUGAAUCUUUUGCUUUGUCUAAUAUGUAAAACUUGUUUUAUCUUAAGAAUAUUAAAACACUCUACAUAAAUUCCAUCAUUAUUAUAGAGCCUCUAAUGUUAAGAAACAGAUUUCAAUUACAAACAAAAGGAACACCUUGUUAUUAAACUGUAUCAUCCCCACUGCAAACAUAAACUACGAAAAAAAAGCAAACUUAAUAAAACCACAUCGUGUUAGUGAAACAGAAAACAGCGGGGCAUGUCUUUACAGAUUUCGAAUAGAAUUUAAAUAUCCGGUUGAUAUGUAUCAAAAUGAAAUAGUUUUAAUAGAGGUGUUUUGGGAAGUAACAGAAAAAUUGACAAACAGAAAUAUAUUUGGAGCUGAUAUAAAAACUAGUUACUGCAUUUCGAAAUGAUUAUGUCAAAUAGAUUUAUCGAAAAAUUGUGAAAAUACCAGUCAGCUAAUCAUGGAACAUAUUCUGUAAGGAUACAAACCGAAACACAAAUUUACAUUGAAGCAAUGAAUCACUCAUUAACUGUUUGAGCAUGCUGCAAGAUGGUGAUUAUGAAGAGAAAGUAAUAACACACUUUGAAACGAGGAA